UAGAAAUCUCACUGCCAUUUUUUCUGUCUCAUAUUUAGGAAUAAAACAUUGUAAAUGGCCUUGAGGAACCACAGUACCAUUACCAAGUUCAUCCUCCUCGGGCUGUCUGUUGACUCCAAAAUCCAGGCUCUACUCUUUGUGCUCUUCCUGGGGAUUUACUUCCUGACAAUGCUGGGGAACCUGAUGAUGCUGCUGGUCAUCAGGACUGAUUCUCACCUCCACACACCCAUGUACUUCUUCCUGAGUCACCUCUCUUUUAUUGAUCUGUGCUUUUCUUCAGUCACAGUGCCCAAAAUGCUGGAGAACCUCCUGUCUCAGAAGAAAACCAUCUCGGUAAGGGGCUGCCUGGCUCAGGUCUUCUUCAUGUUUAUCAUUGGAGGGACUGAAGCCUGUCUUCUUUCAGCAAUGGCCUAUGAUCGCUAUGCUGCCAUCUGCCACCCUCUGCUCUACGGCCAGGUGAUGAGUAAACGGUGGUGUGUGCAACUUGUGUGGGGCUCAUGGGGCUUAGGCUUUCUGGACACGCUCAUCAAUGUCCCUCUGGCAAUGAAAAUGGACUUCUGUGAUACCUACAUCAUCCCACACUACAGCUGUGAGUUGCCCUCUAUCUUCCUUCUGUCUUGCUCUGAUGUCUCCACCAACUUCCUUGUCAUGCUCUGUUCCACCAUCCCACAUGGACUGAUAACUUUCCUUUCAAUCUUUUUCUCCUACAUUCACAUUAUCUUCACCAUCCUUAGUAUCACCUCCACUUCUGGCAGAAACAAGGCAUUCUCCACGUGCUCCUCCCACCUCACUGCAGUGAUCUUCUUCUAUGGGUCAGCUUUUCUCCGCUAUUUCAUUCCAGCCUCAGGCUCGCCCCUUGAGUUGAUCUUCUCUGUGCAGUAUGGUGUGAUCACUCCCAUGCUGAAUCCCCUCAUCUACAGCCUGAAGAACAAGGAGGUCAAGGCAGCUGUGAAAAGAACACUGGGAAAGUAUUUAUCAUGUUUUCAGUGGCAGAAUAAAGAGAAAGGAUGAUGUGGAGUUCACAU